AUGAGUGAUAUUACUAAAUCUGUUACUUCUAUCGAAGAUAUUCCAUUGGCUGAUGAUGAAGAUGAUACUCCCACUAUAGUCAGCGGACGAACACCACGACCAGCACAGCCUUUACCACGUGAGGAGCCACCAGAAGAUCCUGAGGAGAAAGCUCGACUUAUAGCCCAAGUAUUGGAGUUGCAGAAUACUCUGGAUGAUUUGUCGCAAAGAGUUGAUUCAGUAAAGGAAGAGAGUAUGAAACUUCGUUCAGAAAAUCAUGUUCUCGGACAAUACAUCCAUAAUCUAAUGGCUUCUUCAUCCGUUUUCCAGUCUUCUCAACCCAAAAAUGGAAUUAAACAAGAUGACAUAUACGACCAGGGAUUUGAGUUUUAA